AUGCCCAAAAUGGAGCAAAAAUUAAAAAAAGGAGAAGUUAGUUCCAAGUCUGCUGCGUGUUUAUUAGCUAUAAAAUGGUGUGACAAACGAGAGGUGUGGAUGCUGACAACAUGCCACGAUUCAGGAAUGGUAGCAACAGAAAAAAUAGACAGGAAAACUGGGUUAAAUAUUAUAAGGCCACAAUGUUUUGUGGAUUACAACAAAUGCAUGGGUUCAGUAGAUCGUACUGACAUGCUUCUUAGUUUUAUUGAAUCUAUUAGAAAAACUGUCAAAUGGUAUAAAAAGGUUUUUUUCCACGUUUUAGAUCUCUAUAUUUUAAAUGCACAUUCAUUAUAUAAAGUUGUUGGGAAAAACACUCCUGUUGCCGAAUUUCACUCAAUGUUAGUAAGAGAAAUUCUACAGAAAUAUUGCAAGCAAAAGAGAAAAAGUGUAGGAGGACAAAAAAGUGAAGAUCUGCCACUUCGUUAA